ACCAAAGCUAGGGGCCAUGGCAGACUAUUCCCGUGAAUAAGAACAGAGACCAUUUGUAUACGUAAAUGAAUCUAAUUACGGGUACGGAUGUGUGCUGCAAUAACUAUUUUUAAUGCAUAUGUGCAGCCAUCCCUCACUCUUUAUAUAUAACAAGAUCAUUAUAAGUUUGUAAAUUGUAACCAUAAAAAUAAUAGUAUCUCAGCAACGGAGCUGCAAAUCCCUUCACCCGUAAUGUCUGGAUCAUUGACGUUUAAGGUUCACCGUCAGAAGCCAGAGUUAGUUUCUCCGGCGAAACCAACACCGAGAGAGCUCAAACUCCUCUCUGACAUCGACGACCAACAAGGACUAAGAUUUCACAUUCCCACUAUCUUCUUCUAUAGACAUAACCCUAAAGCUUACUCCGAUCCAGUCGCAGUGAUUCGGAGAGCCCUCGCAGAGACGCUGGUUUACUACUACCCGUUCGCAGGUAGGCUUCGGGACGGACGACCGAACCGGAAACUCGCCGUGGACUGCACCGGUGAAGGCGUUUUAUUCAUCGAGGCAGAUGCUGACGUGACGCUUUUAGAGUUUGAAGAGAAGGAUGCUCUUAAGCCUCCUUUCCCUUGCUUUGAAGAGCUUCUUUUUGACGUUAAAGGUUCAAGUGAAGUGCUCAACACUCCUUUGAUGCUCAUGCAGGUCACGCGCCUGAAAUGUGGCGGUUUUAUCUUUGCCGUCCGUAUCAACCACGUAAUGUCCGACGCCGCCGGUCUCUCGCUCUUCCUCAAAACGACGUGCGACUUCGCAAGGGGUUAUCACGCGCCUACGGUUGCUCCGGUGUGGGAACGUCACCUUCUGAACGCCAGGGCCCCGUUGCGUGUGUCACACGCACACCGCGAGUAUGACGAGAUGCCGGUAACUGUUACGGACAACGACAGUAAGGAAGACAAUCUGGUAAGCCGGUCAUUCUUCUUUGGCCACAAGGAGAUGUCCGCAAUACGGAGGCUCCUCCCACCAAAUCUUGUCAACCGCAGCACGGAUAUGGAAACGCUAACGUCAUUUAUUUGGCGUUAUCGCACUGUCGCUAUACAGCCUGAUCCGAACAAGGAGAUGCGGCUCAUAUUCAUCGUCAACGCGCGUUCUAAGCUUACAACCCCGCCUCUGUCUCCAGGAUACUAUGGGAACGCGUUUGCGUUCCCGGUCGCAAUCGCAACCGCCAGAGAACUAGCUAAGAAGCCGUUAGAGUUUGCUCUGAGACUAGUAAAAGAAGCGAAAUAUAGUGUGACGGAAGAGUACAUGCGAUCACUUGCGGAUCUGAUGGUGACAAAGGGAAGACCAAGGUUUUCCUCGGACGGAGCCUACUUGGUAUCGGAUGUGAGAAUUUUUGCAAACAUUGAUUUCGGAAUUUGGGGGAAACCGGUUUACGGUGGAAUCGGGACGGCCGGAGUUGUGGAUUUUCCAGGGGCUAGCUGCUACGUUUCAGCUGAGAAGAGAAAUUGUGAGAGAGGGAUCAUUGUACCAGUUUGUUUGCCAGAGAAGGCGAUGCAAAGGUUUGUGAAAGAGCUCGAGGGCGUGUUUUCCAAUUUCCAUAUCUUGUAAAUUAAACAGUUCGAAAAAGCCAAAAGCUCUAAUUAGCACAAGAAAUGGAUUGUACAUCCUCAUAAUACUUUAUAACAAAUUUCGACUUUUCAAAACCAAAGCUAGGGGCCAAGGCAGACUACCGUGGAUGAA